GUUCGAAGAGUUGACCCCCUCAUGGCCGUGGAGAACCUGGUUGAAGCUCAUGGCGUCGUGCACCGCCCCACCGGAUGGCGCUAUGAAGGCCUGUAGUGCGGAUCAUACGGACUUGAUGAAGGUUGGCGAGCAUGGGGGCAUAACGCUCAUCAUUCGAAGCAAGGAUUAUUUCCCCGUGCUGGAGAAGAUCCUCAAGGAGGUCCCACUGGAAGCCUUGAAGGCUGAGAUGCGGUGGAAGAUGAUCAGGAACUCAGCAGUGUACCUGUCCUCGGAUUUCAUUGACCUCAUGGUGAAGAUGAACGACGAUCUCUAUGGCGUCUCGCAGAAGAGUCCUCGUCCUCGCAAGUGCUACUACAGCACCACCUCCAACACCCCCUGGCCUGCUGCGAAGCUGUACACCGACAAGGCCUUCCACCAAGAGAACAGGGAGGCGGCACUUGAAAUGCUCGAGAAGAUUCGCGGCAGAUUCAUGCAGAACCUUGAGCACGAGGACUGGAUGUCGGCUGAGGACCGCAAGGCUGCGCAGGAGAAGCUGAGGAAGAUGUUCUUCCAGGUUGCCUGGCCCACUGACAAGGAGGGGAAGACGCACUGGCCGGUGGAAACCUUCGACAUGGACGGGCACAUGGGCCCAGACUUCUUUGUCAACUACAUGACCGUCAGCAGAUUCUCGAUCCAGCGUGACCUCGGAAGGAUUCUUGAAAAGCCGGACAGAAGAGAGUGGGGAGGAAGCUCUUCGCUCGACGUGAACGCGUUCUACGGCCCCAACAACAACGGCCUGUGGAUCCCAGCUGGCAUACUGCAGCCUCCUUUCUUCGAUGCCACGUACCCGGAAGCCCGGAACUUCGGCAGCAUCGGCUGCGUGCUGGGGCACGAGAUGAGUCACGGGUUCGAUGACAACGGGAGGCAGUUUGAUGCUCGCGGCGAGCUCCACGAUUGGUGGGACCAGGAAACUGUUCACAACUUUGCAGAGCGCAGCAGCUGUAUCGCGAAUCUCUUCGACGGCUAUGCCGUCGCUAACAGACAUGUCAAUGGCAAGCUGACGCUGGGAGAGGACAUAGCAGACGCCGGCGGCCUCAAGUUCGCUUACGAAGCUUUCAUCACGUCCAAGGAGAGGCGCUCGUAUGAGAAGCGCAUGUUCUUCACGGCCUUCGCACAGACCUGGUGCUCCGUCGUCCGCAAGAAGUCCGCAGUUAACUCCGUGCUCACCGACACUCACGCCCCCGCCAAGUUCAGAGUUCUCGGAGCCCUCAGUCAGUUCGCGCCCUUCGCAGAGGCCUUCCAGUGCCCUGCUGGGUCUCCUAUGGCUCCGAUCCGACGGUGUCAACUGUGGUAGAACGGGUCGAGUCUUUGACAACUGGGGGAGUUAGCGGGGUAAGGAGGGGGAGGGAGGGGGACGGGGGGGAUGAGGGUGUUAGUCUUAUUUAUAGCGAUCUUAAAGGAAUUCAUGUG